AAUUACCAGCUCGGCAGGAAGUAGUAUCAUUUUAUACUGAGUACCGUAAGGACAAGAUUUCCUACCAAAUUACUUAUUUAUAUUCGCAAAUUAAAUUAUCAACCCUAAAAGGCAGCAUGUAUGUUUACAAAAUGGAGAAUGUCAUUAUGUUUAUUUUAAUAAUAUUCUCAUUUAUUUUUAUUUCACAAGGAGUUAAACACGGCAGAAAUUUAAUAUGGUCUAUGAGUCCAACGAGCUUAGGUGUAUCUCGAAUAGUUGGCAUCGAAGGAGAUCCGAACGACUGGGUGAAAACAGGGAAUGUUACAGUUCGACAUAUCAGUGCACCUCACUACGGGUGGCAGUUCAGAGCUCUUGGUUUCCAUUAUACGACGAAAUCUAUAUUCUGGAGUGAGAAAAGUUACAAAAGGAUUCAAGAACUAACAUUAGAUGGUAGUACAGCUACACGAUCACUCUUUACAAAAACCUCCGGAUAUGUCGAUGGACUUGUUAUAGACUGGAUCUCAGAUAACAUGUAUUUCUCGGAUUCCAAAUAUAACUGGAUUAUCAUGGUUCCACUAAAUUCUACAGAUGUAUACUAUAAACUGAUUAUCACAACUGGAUUAUAUCAGCCCCAUGGAUUAGCCAUUUAUCCUAAGAAAGGGUAUCUGUUUUGGAGUGACUGGGGAGAUAUUCCCAAAAUAGAGAUGUCAGAUCUGACUGGAGGAAACAGGAGAAUACUCGUCAGUGAGAAUAUAGUUCAUCCACGUGGUAUUACAGUUGAUUAUGACGCCAACGCUAUUUACUGGGUCGAUAGCUCAAAAGACACAGUAGAAACAGUUGAAUUUAAUGGAAAUAAUAGAAGAAUAGUUCUUUCACUCCCAAAUACAAACUUUUUUGGUAUUGCACUUUAUGAGAAGUUUAUAUUCAUGACAGAGCAAGAGGAGGGACAUUUAAAAAUCUAUGAUAAAAUUACUGGUAAAGGCUAUACAAACUACAAAUUAGGCUACAUACCGUUCGCUAUAAUGAUGUAUGACGAAGAUAUGCAGGCUGGCGAACUUUCUUCUGCGUGUUCACUAUUGGAAUGUGAACAAAUAUGUGUUGAUAAGCCAGCAUUUGAUGCCGUCUGCUUGUGUGGCGAAGGAUAUGAGUUAAAUUCAGAUAAAAAGACAUGCACUGAGGUCCAAGAAUUCAUACAACCAUCACACAUCUACGCUAUCCGAGAUGCUAUAUGCCAGUAUCCAGCAAAUUUGGCUGACAUGUCUCUAGCAAAUAUUACUUUAGAAACACAGUGUUUCAUCAAGAUUGCUAAAGGUUAUUUGGCACUGUCAUAUGAUAGUAUAAAUGGUUUACUGUAUUACUCGGAAAAUGUAACCAGAAGUAUUGGAAGAGUACAACUCCGCCGGGGCUCAUUCACCGAUACAAUUAUACGGGGAGUUGGUGAAGUACGAGGGCUUGCCUAUGACUGGACAUCGGAAAACUUGUACUGGACAGAUAAUACUUACAAAUGGAUUAUGGUGUCUACCGCAAACGGUAAAUUCCAGAAAGUCAUAGUAGAUGGAUUAAUAUCACCAAUUGGUAUUGCAGUACAUCCAAAUAGAGGGACUUUAUAUUGGGCUGAUCCUGGCAGAUCGGUUAUCGAAUCUUCAUACAUGAAUGGGGAUAACAGAACUGUUCUUCCUAUUGAAGACAUAAGUCAUCCAAACCAUCUAUUCAUAGAUUUUCGUUUUGAUGAGCUGUUCUGGGCUGAUUCCGGACUAAAUCAAGUAUCUAGUUUUAACUUGAAAACAGGGGAAAUCGGUGUUCGAUUUAGACAGCAGUCGUCAACAUUUUUUGGUCUUAGCAUUUAUCAGGAUUAUCUUAUAUGGACUGAUCAAGACAAGAAUAACGGUAUUCAUGUAGCGGAUAUAUCGACUGGAAAGAAAAUGAGAGGCAUUCUACAUCCUCCAUUUGGUCAGGCAAAUGACGUAAUAUCUUAUGAUAAAGCCAAUCAACCUCAAUUUAAUGUGUCUUGUGGAAAUAACAACGGAAACUGUGAACAGAUCUGCUUACAAAAGAAGACAAAUGUGCAUUAUUGUGCGUGUGGUCUUGGCUAUACGUUAUCAGAUGACGGGAGAUCGUGCAAUUCAGAAAUUCAAAGGGAUGACUUUCUUGUGGUGGCAGAUUCUUAUCAACAACAUUUGUAUCAAAUCGGAAUGAAAACAGGGAAAGUCAAUCCAAUAGUGACGUCAGAAUUAUAUCGGCCAAUAGCAGUUGGUUACGAUCCUGUCACUCAGAAAGUUCAUUGGACAGAUAAUGAGGCAAAAGUGGUUAAGUCUGCAUCUAUUUAUGGAACAUCAGAAAUAGUUUUACAAGCUGAUCCGGAAGUUUCUACAUUGGAUGGAUUGGCAGUCGACUAUAUAAAUAGAUUACUUUUCAUAACUGACACUGGAUUAAACCAGAUCUCAGUUCUAAGUCUAUCCCAGAGCAAAUACAACAAAGUUAUAAUCUCAGAGAAACUAGACCAACCAAGAGCAAUUGUAGUACAUCCAAUGAAAGGACGUCUUUAUUGGUCGGACUGGGGAGAUGAUGCUAGGAUUGAGACAGCGGCAAUGGACGGUUCAGACAGAUAUGUUUUAGUGAAUUUUACUACAAAAAGUUGGCCAAAUGGAAUAACUAUUGAUGUACUAGAAAACAAACUCUACUGGGUAGACGCGUUCCAGGACAAGAUUGAAGUAAUGGAUUUAAAAAACUCUGAUAUCACAGUUGUUCUACAAGAGGAAAAAGCUCACUAUUUUGGAAUUGUUCUAUUGGGAGAUUAUUUGUAUUUCACUUGCUGGAUAAAAAAUUAUAUAUCACGCAUUUCAAAGUCAGGGGGUGUUCCAGAAAGAGUCGGACCUAAAAGAUUCGCUAGACUUAACGGCAUAGCUGGCUAUAGUUCCUCAAAAACAGUCAGAGGUAAAUCAAUAUGUACGGCAAAGUGUCAUCAUCUUUGCUUGCCAGUAUCCGAAACGUCAUACAAGUGCGCAUGUGCCGAUGGAUACACUUUAGCAGGAAAAGUCUGCCGAUCUAUAGGAAACAAUACUACAAAUAUGCCAGGAUAUAAAAGCACGGACACUCCUGGAAAAACAUCUCAACGUAGAACAAAUAUAGAUAAUUCUGGUCUUCCAGUAGCGGGAGUUGUAGCCGUUGUUUGUGCCUGUCUAGUACUUGCUGCAUGUGGAUCCGUUGCUGGAAUAUAUGCAUAUAGAAGAUGGCGUUCCCCAUUUAUUCCACAUAAUCGAUUAAUAGAGGACAGUCAAGUUGAUACCUUUUAUAGAAUAACUUUUCCAGAUAAAAAUAACCGAGACGAACCAGGUUUAGAUUCAAAUUUUGACUCAGGAAUAGAAAAUCCAUCUUACGACAAAAUGGAAGAACAAAUAUUGAAAAACUGAUAUCAAAUUUAUUAUAAUCAAACUAACAAGAAAUGAAUAUUUAUUCCAAAUUGGCCAACAUAGGGUUUGAAUUUGAAAUAAAAAAAUAUGACAGAAAACAUGUAAUUAUAUAUUUUUCAAAGAACGUGUAAAAUCUAAUGGUACAAAUUA